CCCACGAGCGAGUAAUCAUCACUACCGCUUAGCCGGUCUAACGAUACACCCGUAAAAACAUCUUGAAAAACAUAAUUGUAUCUGCUAGGCGAAAAUCAUUGAUACCCGGCUGUUUGGCAAGAUCACACGUCUGCUUUAAAAAAAAGAAACGUCAUAAAACAGCCAUUCCGCGCGCCUGUACAGAGAGGCGGAACAACGUUAAUUUGCCGCGAAUUUUUUAAUUGUUUUUUUUUUUUCGCGAUGAAUCUGCGGCUGCAUGUGUUUUUCGGCCUGUUCGUGUGGCUGAUUGCAGCAUUGAAUGGGAAAACAUUGCAAGGGGUCCCUGGUUAUGGGAGGAAUUUGGUUAUAAAAGCUUUGCCGGCGAUUGAAGAUUAUCAGAGCAACGUUUAUGAGGUGUUCAUGCAGCCAUAUUUAUAUGACCUCAACCGGCCAGCCUACGCGUUUUCAAGGGAUCGGUCGCAAAAACAAAUAGAUUUAGCCGCUGCGCCACGAUCACUGCCCGGGCUUCAAGCCAUCGCUUAUCUCAAAGCAGACGAGGACUCCGGAGUUACAGGGGAGUUGCUCUUCACACAAAUUGUGCCCAAUGGUCCUGUGACCAUUGAGGGUAACAUCACGGGCCUGGCGGCGGGGUUGCAUGGGCUGCAUGUGCACCAGUCGGGAGCUAUCAAGGACAAUUGUAAAGAUAUUGGGCCGCAUUUCAUCGCUUAUUACGGCCGCCACGGCGGGCCUCGUGACCACAUCCGCCACGUCGGAGACCUCGGCAACAUCAAGGCAGACGAAGGCACGCUGGCCGUGAAAAUCGUCGACCAUCUCGUCUCUCUGGCCGGUCCUAGGUCUAUAGUUGGACGGUCUGUGGCUAUAACUAAGGGGGAAGAUGAUUAUGGGAGAGCGGGGACUGAGGAUAGCGCGCUGACGGGAUCGUCGGGGCCUGCGGUCGCUUGUGGUAUUAUUGGUUAUACGAAUUAAGU